AUGCGGCGCAAAUACAAUUGGGUAAACACCACCGUUAUUGGAAAAGAUAUUGACUCCAAACCGGUGGAGUUCUUCGGAGGCAUUCCCUUCGCCGAGCCUCCAAUUGGAAAGCUUAGAUUCAAGCCACCCGUAUUGAAAUCAUCGCUAGACGUACCGACCUUCAAUGCUACUGAAUUCGGGGCGUCCUGUCUCCAGCCUGGAGUGAAGGACCCAACGACGAUCUCGGAAGAUUGUCUGUUCAUGAACGUCUUCAGACCUGCGGGUACACCUCCGAAUACGUCUCUCCCUGUGCAGGUGUUCUUAUACGGUGGAGGAUUCCUCGUGGAAACGCCCUUUCGCCUCGACGCCAGCACGUUUGUCGCACGUAGCAUCGCUCGAGGGACGCCAAUCAUUCACGUCGGAUUCACUCACCGUCUCGGAGUCGUUGGUUUACCCACCGGUGCUGAAGCCGCCGAAAAAGGGGCAGUUAAUCUCGCAUUGAAGGAUCAACUGGCCGCUUUUGAAUGGGUCAAGGCAAAUAUUGGCUCUUUCGGUGGUGAUCCAGAAAAGGUUACCAUGAAUGGCUGGAGCGGCGGCGGCGUCACUCUCUCGAUGCAUUUUCUGAACGGACAAGCAGAAAAGUACGCCAGAGCUGCUAUAUUCAGCUCCGGAACGUCCAUUCUCGUUUACAACGCAACAAGCCAUCAACAAAGAUGGGACGACUUCGUCCAUGCAAUCCCUCAGUGCUCUUCGUAUCCAAAGGGCCAGUCACUUGACUGUUUACGAAGCGAGGAGAUCAACUCCACUCAGAUGUUAACGGCGAUGAACACCGCGGUCAGUAAAAGCGGGCAACAACUUCCGUGGGAUCUUGUUUUGGACGGCGAAGAUGGCCUCGUUCCGGGUUUGCCUGUUGAUCUGUAUCAACAAGGUCGUUUCUCCAGAUUACCGUUUAUUUCUGGAAAUGUGAUAGACGAGGGAACACGAUUCUCGUGGAAUAUUACGGAUGAACAAACGCUCAAAGAAGCGAUCGUGGCGAACUUUACUACCAAUAAACCAGCCGAAGUAGAAGCGCUUCGAAAAGCAGUCGACAAACUCAUGGUUCUAUAUCCCAACAGCCCAGCCCUGGGAUCUCCCUUCAACACCGGAAACGAAACAUUCGGGUUCAAUUCACUGUACAAGCGGUAUGGUGCAAUCAUCGGCGACUUGUUAUUCCAAUCACCAAGAAGAUUGUGGACGGAGACGGCUUCGAAAUCUGGAGUGAAACUAUUCAGCUACCAGUUCAAAUUCCCUGAAUCAGUGACUGUUCCUGCGACUGGAGUCGUCCAUGGCGCAGAUUUGCCUUACGUCUGGGGAUUCCCAACUAUCUCUGGUUCAGCAGAUGGAACGCAAUUGAACGAACAGAUCAUGGACUAUUGGAUUUCGUUCAUCACUAGUUUAGAUCCUAACGACGGCCUUGGAACUGAACGCCCUGAUUGGCCGCUGUAUACUCCAGAACGCAAGGCCAUCCUCGAGAUCAACGGCCCAAAUAAUAUGACCACCACGGUUCCGGGGGACUGGAAACAGGAUAACCAUCGCGAACAGCAAAUCCACUUCAUCAACGUCAACGCAGGCUUAUUUAGACACUAA